CAACGCCAAUGAGCAUUUUCCUGACGAAGCGCAUGGUGUUCCAACCCGAAACGCGGGUUGGACACAGUAAGACGUUUACGUCCUGAAAGUUGUUGAAUUCGCUGAAACAUUUGAGCAUUUAUAUUGUUUGCUGUGUAUACACCAUCAUUAAGCCAUCAAAAUGUCGGACAAAUUCGACACGAAAGUUAUUCAGGUGACGAAUGUCGCACCAACUGCGACAAAAGAUCAAAUGAAAACCUUGUUUGGAUUCAUCGGAAGGAUCCGCGAGUUGAAAAUGUAUCCCCCAGAUUCUGAUGUCCAAGUGUCUGCCAGAGUUUGCUAUGUUGAGUAUGAUGAAACAACCCAUGUCGGUGUGGCACUACAUCUUACAAACACAGUCUUCAUUGACAGAGCACUCAUUGUUGUGCCAGUCAUGGAUGGGAGGAUCCCGGACGAGGGGAAGGCCCUCCAGCUGACCCCCCAGGCAGUGGCGGGGAUGUUUCCCGGUCAGCCCACCUGGCCCAGCAACGUCACCAGUCAGAUAUCUGGUUCUGGCAUCAACCAGGUGAUCAACACGACAGACCCUCGUCUGACAGCCCUGGGCCUGACCCAGUAUCCUUCACUCCCAGCCUGUACCGACCCAACCAAGGUGGAGGAGAUACGCAGGACAGUUUACGUUGGCAACCUGGACACAACGGUGACCUCUGAGCAGCUGUUGAACUUCUUUGGCCAGGUGGGUGAGGUGAAGUAUGUGAGUAUGGCGGGGGAUGAAAACCAGCCUGCCCGCUUUGCCUAUGUGGAGUUUACUGACCAGCGAUCUGUUGCCACUGCACUCACCUACAAUGGAGUCAUGUUCCAGAGGAGGCCUCUCAAGGUGAUGCAUUCCAAGUCUGCCAUUGUGAAGCCGCUGACUAAGUCCCAGGAGGCAUCUCAACGUGAGAUAGAGGAGGCCAUGAAGAAGGUGAAGGAGGCUCAGUCUCUGAUUGCAGCUGCUGCAGGAGACCGAAGACGAGACAGAAGAAGCCGCACACGAUCGCGAUCAAGAUCAAAAGGCCGCAGCAGAUCCAGGUCACGAUCAAGACGCCGAUCAAGGUCCCGGCGAUCCAGAUCUCGGAAAAGAUCCAGAUCUCGACGUAGAUCACGUUCUAGGAGACGUAGUAGAACCCCUAAACGAAGGUCAAGAUCAAGGUCAAGAACACGAAGGAGGCGAUCAAAAUCAAGGUCUGGGAUAGCCCCGCCUGUUGUGGUAUCGAGGAGGUCAAGGUCAAGAGAUCGGAGGAGGUCACGAUCUAGAUCAAGGUCAAAGCGACGGACCAGUAGGUCACGGCGAUCUCGCUCUAAGAAAAGAUCCCGAACUCCACCAAAAGCUUUUAGCAGUAGAAGGUCGAGAUCAAGGAGUCGGCGUAAGAGUCGUUCUCGUAGUCGUCACAGGUCCAAGUCCCGCGAGAAGAAAAAAUCAGUGUCCCGUUCCCCAUCCCCUCCUAAGCUGGAGCGAGAGUGCUCCAUACCCGCAAACAAAGGUGAUGGUGUCGGACUCGCCGCCAAGACGGUCGAGAAGUCCCAGCUCGAAGCCAAUCAAAGUCGAGCCGACCAGCAAGAGGUAUCCAUAUUUUCUGUUUUAUUUAGUGUGACUGCCAGUGAAUCUAAAUCCUCCAAACCGAGAUCGUCUAGUGAGCGACGUAGCAAAAGUCGCAGCCUGACCCCCAAGAAAAGGUCAAGCUCCAAGCGGAGGACAAGUCGAAGCCCAAAGAAGAGCUCCAGACGUUCGAGGAGCCCAAGACGAAAAGUCAAGGUCACCAAGACUCAUCGUAAGUCCAAGAAAAGUCGCCGAAGCAGAUCCACAUCUCGACGUCGAUCACGUUCUCGAAGUGGCUCCAGGCACAGGACUAAGAAGGAAAAGAAGAGAGACCGGGAUAAAAGCCGGGACAGGAGUAGAGAUCGAGAACGUAAUCGUGAAAAAGAACGAGAGAAGGAACGCAAGAGUAAGAAAAGUCGAGAUAAGGAGAAGGAGCGUGAGAAAAAGGACAAGGACAAGGAUAAGGAUACGAAAGUUAAACGGGACUAUGACGAGGAAGAGAAGGGCUUCAACAGUGGUAGUGAGGAGAAGAAAGAGUCCAAAGAGUCAAAGCUGCUGAGCCUGAAGAUCCUGAAAAGGACAAACCUCCUGCACUUUCAGCAGGCGAAGAGUCUCCACCUCCUCCUCCUCCACCCAACCCUCCACCUUCAUCAAAGGAUCUGGACUCCAACCAGCAGCAGGUUGACAUGGAGAUGAGUGACUAAACAACACAUAUCCUGUAUCUCCUCCCUGCUAAACUUGCACCAACAUUUGGAGUCAGUGCACAGGUGGUGCUCCCUGGACUUGUUUCAUCCUGGAUUUGAUGUACUGUUGGUUGUUGGGGGAACACAUGACUGAUCAUGGUGAUGGUAAAUUCCUCUGCAUUACAUAGCUGAUGACUGAACUCUUACUGCAACAGACGCUGGUCUGAUGCUAGAGACUGUAUACAGUGUCUGAUAUCAGUUUUGAGAUGCACAAUUGAACAUGUCAGGCUUGAUUUCAUGAAGAUUGUGGUAUGAAAAACAUAGAGAUGUAAAAUAUGACAUGUCAGUGAAUGUUAUUUGAAAUGGAGCGACAGGUGAAAACAUGAUUGAUUUAAGACUAAGUAGCACUAUUAUUGGUGUUUUCUAUUGGUUCAUUUCUUUAGUUAACAUACAUCAUGAUCAUUCUUUAUAUCUUGUAGUGUGUUUUAGUUGUAUGACAAUAUUUGAUGUACUUCCCUUUAAUCUCAAGUUCAUCACAAGAAUCAUUAUGUCAAGUUUCAGUUCAAUAUACACAAGGUCAAAAGUUCUGCUACCUCAGUUUCUUGCAGAUAAACCCUUUGGAAUUCUUUACCUAUGAGCAGUCAUUUUGAGAGAUACUCACAAUGUGAAUUCUAAUGCACUAGAUAUUGUCUUAUAGGUGUUCCCAGAUGCUUGGACAGUGUUUGUAUAUACAGUGAAGUCUGUGAAACUAUAGCAUUGCACAUUAUGCAUUUUUUACAAAUAGUUUAAUAUAAUUGUUAUCAUUACCUGUCACCAUGAAUCUGAAGAAUGUUUUGUUAAUUAAAUUCAUACACUUCAGCGCAAUUUAUGUCUUAAAUUAUAAGGGCUAAUAACUUUCAUUGCUUAACUUGUGAUCAUCAUGUAUACAGUAUAUGCCAUUAUCUUAGUUGUCAUACACAGUGACAUUUUAUCCUUAAUAAACCCAUCCAAUCAGA